GUCAAAGAUGGAUUCCUAUCCUGACGUACAGGAACACGAAUCUUGUGCAAAAAGAAUUAAACUUGAUGUUGGCGAGUCUAAUAUAGGUGAAUUGUGCAAAGGAAUAGGAUUUUCCUGUUUUUCCACAUCAUCAACGGGCCCGAUUGACAUUACUGAAGGUAUAUCAGCAGAUUGCGACUCAGGAUAUGAAGCCUCUACACUAGAAUCAAUGCCCACUCCCCUUCAUCACACAUCCCCUCGAACAGAUCCAGGAGAUAUUCAAGAAAGUAUGUCAAGCAUUUCCGAGUCCUUCACACAAACACCGACUCACACAGAUCAACACGACGUAUCCCAGGAUAGCCUGGAAAUUGAAGAUGACGAUAACGCUUCCACUGUCAGUGAAUUAAGCGGCCUAUCCGAAUUAUCUGGUCAAGAUUGGAAACCCAUGGCUGGAAGUAUGAUCUGGAUUCAACAACAAAUGCAAAAAGGUGUUAAUCCUAGAGAAAUUUUGGCAGAACUAGGAGUGGAUGGACAAAUUCCUGACUAUGUAGAUGAUCUUACAGUAUGGAAACUUAUCAUUAACAUGUUAUCUGAACCUCCACGUAGAAAUAAACUUAGACAUAUCAAUACGUUGGAUGAUGUUGUUAGAUUAUUAAGGGGCGCACAGAAUAUUAUAGUCUUGACAGGAGCAGGAGUAUCGGUUUCAUGUGGUAUUCCUGACUUCCGUUCUAGGGAUGGUAUUUAUUCCAGACUAGCUAUCGAUUUUCCAAAUCUCCCAGAUCCUCAAGCUAUGUUUGAUAUCAGUUAUUUCAGUCAAGACCCCAGACCUUUUUUCAAAUUCGCCCGAGAUAUUUACCCAGGAAAAUUCCAACCCAGUCCUUGUCAUAGGUUUAUUAAAUUAUUAGAAAAACAUAAGAAACUCCUGCGAAACUACACCCAAAACAUUGAUACUCUUGAAAAGGAAGCAGAGAUCGAGCGAGUAAUAGAAUGCCACGGUUCUUUUGCCACAGCUACAUGUACAAAAUGUGGACAUAAAGUAAGAGCUGAUCAGAUUAGAGAUCACGUUUUGGCCCAAAAAAUACCUCUGUGUCAAGAAUGUCAUCCUAAUGUGGAAAGUUAUGUAUCUACCGAUGAUGUCAGGACAAAUCAAGAGGGUAUGGACUACAGAGAACUUGUUCAAUCAGGUAUAAUGAAACCGGAUAUAGUUUUCUUUGGCGAAGGUCUUCCAGAUACAUUUCACGAAGCAAUGACAGAAGAUAAGUCACAGUGUGACUUAUUAUUAGUUAUAGGAAGCUCUUUGAAAGUCCGACCGGUGGCGCUGAUUCCUAGUAGUCUACCCUCGCAUGUUCCACAGAUUCUAAUCAAUAGAGAACCCCUGAAUCACUGUCAUUUUGAUGUAGAGUUAUUAGGAGAUUGCGACGCUAUUAUAAACCACCUCUGUAGACUUUUGGGAAGUAAUUGGGAAGAAGGUGUCUACUCUUCCCAAGUCUUGAAGCUAACGAAUACACUUCUACCCCUAGAAGACCCGCCUCCAUUGGAGGUGCAACAUAAAUCAUCAACACUGGACUUUACCCGCCCUAUAGAAUCAGAAUCCUCCCGAUGUUUAUGUACGAGUACAAACAGUAGUUCCUUAAGUACAGAAGCGAAUGCAGAAUCGCAUUGCACAUGUUUUCACUACAAGUCAAUUAAUCAUGAUAGCGAAUUAGAAACUAAGAUUGUUAAAGAGAGACAUAUGAGUAUAGAUUCAGCGAAAGAUUCCGGUAUUGGAGACAAUUCCAAUUUCACCGAUAAAUACGAUGAAUCAGAUGAGAAUGGAGAAGAGAAGAGUAGUAGUUUUUGCUUGGAAAUAUGUAACGAACCAUCCACGUCUUCGGAGAAUUUUAGAAAAAACACAUCAGAUUUGAGAGGAUACUGGCAACCGAAAGUUAAGAAGAGCUUAGCCGAUAGGUUACCAGAAAAUUCGUUCCAUCUAAUACCCCCGUGCCGAUAUAUAUUUCCCGGAGCGGAGGUUUACUACGAUCCAGACGAAAAACUACAUUACGAAGGUCAUUCAUCAAAUUCGGAAGAAUCAGAAAACGGAUCAGAGUGCGGAAGUCAACUUGAUUCAUUGUAGUCUUUUUCACUUUCCCGUUUUUAUUAUCUUUAAGUAUUCCCUCGUUGUUAUUUUUAUAUUUUUUAUGAAAGGAAAAAGUCGUAAAUGUGCUCAUGGUGUAUUUGUUGUUAGUAAAGAGGUUAUGUAUAUUUCGUGUGUGAGUUACGAGAAAGUCUUGUCCCAUAAAAAGUGAUACAGUAUAAGUAAUUACCCGAAUUUAUGUAGUGCAAACCAUAAUACGAACAUUGGUUAGUUCUUUACUAAGCUACAGGUUGAUUAAGUAUAUUUUACUGUGAUAUUGAAUCAGUCGCCUUCUAAAUAUGAAUUAGAAGAUGUGAGAGGAGUAAUUAUAUUCAUAAGAAUUUCCACACUUUUUGUCGCUUAAAACUAUCUAAAAUAGUCCAUUUUGGCAUUUGAUCAAAUUUUGAAAAAAAUAAGCUGAAAGAUUGAACUGUUUGAAGUUUAGAGCUUUCAACAAGUUUUUAACAAAUAUUUGCAGAUACAUGUUGGGAGGUUUUGAACUAGUUUGUCUUAUGAAAUGAGGACAAAUUUUGAGGAACACCGACGGAAAAAUUGAAGCUUUUCAAACAGGGGGUAUCAAACUACUCAUUCACAUAAAUAUUCGAAGCAUUUAUGGAGACAUGUCUGUUGAAGGGUAUUAAACUAAUAAAUCUUUAAUAGAGGGCCAAAAUUUGAUGUUUGAAACUAUUGAAAAUAUUUGAAGAAUAUAUUAGUAGGAUGUAUUUAAAUAAUUUCUUUUUGAUAAUAAUAAUUGAGGCAAAAAAUUGAAGCGUUUCAAAUCAAAUUGAUUUAUAACAUUUUUUUUCUAAUUUCAAAUUUAUAUUUGAUAUUUUAUUUUGCUUCCUAUUUCCGAUUCUUUUUUUUUUUUCUACCUAAGCUAUAAAUUUAUCGAGAAAUAGAAAAAAUAUCGAAAACAGUUUCUCUUAUCCAUAUAUUGAAAAAAUUCAUUACAAAAAAGUAAAAGUUGUCAAACUAGAAUUCGUCAUGACUACUCCUCAAAAUAUUGAAUCAUAUAGUUCAGGGUCCAUUGGAACACGUAGUUGUUGGUUCAAAAUAUAUGGGUGAAAAUAGGGAUUUUCACGUAAAACACACACUUUGUUUACUGUGGCACUUUAUGAUUAUUGUUUUUCUGUUAUUUUUUGUAAGUGGCUGUUGUACGGAAGCCUUUUUUUCUAAAUAUACAAUAAAAGGCACUCAAUUUGGUAAAUGAAAAUACAAAUUAUCGAAAUUCUGUAUAAACAAAAAAAAUUAGUUGUAAAAAAACCUCGUUGAUCUCUUUAACAAAAUGUGAAAUUAUUCCGUUUUCUUUUUUUUUUUUUUUUAUUUUCUUCGAUUUUUGUUGAAUGAAUCGGUGACGUGAUUGAUUAUUUAUUGGAAACGUGUAAAUGGUUGAGAGCCGGGACUACUAGGAACCAUUUAAUUUAGGCGGAUAUCCUUUUGAUGUCCCGCUCCUAAGAAUGAUUGCAAAUGAUGUGUACCUUAUUUUUUAUGUAUAAAGGAUAGGAUAUUGAUAGGUCUUGAUUUAUCAGGAUAAUUCCUGGAAAAUCUUGUUGCAUUUAUAUUUCAAAACAGGGUGUUGCAGCAUUUUGAUAUAUUUGUUCGACUAAGUUGGAAUUUAUGGAACCGUUGAUUAUAUUACUACUGAACACACUGUUUACACCAACACUCAAUAACUACACUGUGUGACACAGUUUACUUUCAGUCUCUGAUGACGAUAACUUGGUUAUCAAAACGCGCGUCAGACAGUGUAAUUGUGAGUCUUGAUGUAAACUGUGUGUUCAGCAUCGAAAUAGAACAAAAUUGUGAUUUUCAACGUUUACUAUAAAUUUAAACUUAAUAAAUAAAAAUGUUAACUACAAUAGUUGAUUUGUAAAAUUUACUGACUCCAUUCAUCUCGAUUUGUAACUAACUAGUGAAAUUAAUUAAUUAGUCUAGUUCACUAGUUCUAAAUUGUAAAAAAUGAAGGUAAAGCUUAUAAAAAUAGGAAUUAACAGGUCCUCUAAUUGGUUUCUUGUUCUUUUUAGUGUUGGUCUUCAUCCGAUCAGUUUUCCUGGGAAUGCCUGGUCAGUUUGUUUUUUUCGGUUAUAUUCAAAAUGAACUAAAAGACUGAAUCUUUUUUUAAAUCACCCUGUAAAUGUAUAACUAUGUUUAGUUCGAUAUAAAAUUUGUUGCGUCACUUUUAAUAAUAUUUAAUCGAUAUGAUUUUAAUCAAAAUAAUGUUGCAACGCCUCGUUUAAUUGUUAGUUAUAAAAAUGAUCUUAGAUGCAAGGUUUCAGGUUUAUUCGAAAUUUUGAAAACAAUCUCACAAAUAUGAAAGUUAUUUAUACGUUGAAUUUAUCUAUGUUACAGUUAAAAUCCGUUUUCAUUUAAUUCUAGUCACACGAAUUUUAGAAUGUUUGAAUCCCUACGUCCUUAUCAUAUGUUAUCACAUUUUAAUAAUCCCCUCCCCACCUUGAUAAGUUUAUGCAUAUAUUUAAGAAACAAACUACUAGUUAACAAAAAUAAACGACUAAUUUAAUUGGUAGUAGACAUGUGACAUCACAAAACUUCCCUCCUGGGUCCUUGUCAUACAUUGUCACAUUUCGGUGAUACCCUCCCUCCACAUUUACGUGUGACCACAAAGGGAAGAUUAGUUAUAACAAACCCAUUCCGUUAAAACUUGUUUUUAUAAGUCAAAACUAGUUUUUCUACAUUUUUCACUAGGAAAUACUAGAAUUUGCUAGUUUUUUUCCAUUUAAUAGAAUGUCCAGUUGAAACUAGCUUUCUUUGAGGAAUUUGGCUUAAGGAAAACAAUGUUUCCGGUUGAAAAAUUUAUUGUUUUAAAUUUUUUUCCUAGUAGAACACUGAAAAGUCAGAAUUUUUGAAAUUUUUGUACAAACCGCGAUUAUAAACAGGAACAUAUUGCCUUCCACCUGAGUCUGUAGAUGAUUUUUCAGUAGCACUGCGAAGUUAUAUCUGGGACUCCAUCCAAUGGUAGAAAUACCUCUGUAUAUGCAAUGAAUUUAGACCUAUAAUAAGGACUAUAAAAUUUUAUUUCAAUUGACUGUAGUUUUCACUACCCGAUGAAAAGAUGUAGUUAACUCUAGUUUGACUAGUAAAAGCUAGUUUUAACUGAAGAAGUUUGUUUCCCUAGUUAAAACUAAAAAGGGUUUUAACUGUAACAUCUAAUAUAUCAGCUUUAAUUUGAUUUUUUUCUAUUUAUGUUGUAAAAAUUUUUUUGAAAGUUACAAAAAAGUCGUUAUCUGCUUAAAAGCUGCAUUCUCAAGUAUGUAUCAUUAAAACUAUUGCAUCUAAGGAUUUUGUUACUUUUUAUUGUAUUAUUGUUCAUCUGGAUAUUCCUUAUUUUUUUAAAAUACAUGUCAUGUCCCUGUUUUUUUUUUUCGAAACUUCAGUGACUAUACUAGUUGAUACGCCAUCUCUCAACAUUUCUUGAAAAAUGUAAUGAUGAAUAUAACUACACUUUUAAAUUUCAUUAUAUAGAAGAAAUAAUUAGUUCGGUCAAUUUGAACAUACAAGAAUAUGGAAUUAGCUUAAAGAUAAAAAUUUGUGAGAAUGUUAAGGAUAUAAAUGAAUGAUGAAAAUCUAGAAAAUAUUUAUUCCAUGCUAUAGGUCUCAAUAAUGGAUUUUUCAAUUUUUAGAAUCGUUAUAUCUCAAAAACUUAGUUACUUUUAGAAAAAAAUGUUGAGACAUUUUUGUAAAUAAACAACAAUUUGUGUCUAACUUAAUUUCAUGAUAAAACGUUUUACUUAAAAAUGAAAAAACUCGAUUUAUCAAAUCUGAUAUUUAAAAAGUUGUUUUCCGGGUACGGUAUCGUUGGGGAUAGAUUUUUGUAACCCUUACUAUCAUUUUAAGGGGUAAUUGGAUCGGAUUGAUGGGCCAAUAAAAUGAAGAUUCGAAUUAUAGUACGAAAGCAUGUAUUUUUUAAUAUGAAUUGAUUUCAGAAUACAUUACAAGGUUUUAUAAUAAAAAAAUGUUGAAUUUUAUUGGGGGAUGGAAAAAUAAUUAAAUAAUGACUAAAAACAUCUUGAAAAAAAGUUUCAAACAAAGACUUUAGACUUUACUAAGAAUAAUUUCAGAGAUGUAAUUAUUGGUUUUAUUAAUUCAUGAAAAGUUAUAAGCAUUCAUAUUUGAUUUCACCGUUUAUUGAAAAAUGGAGUAGUUUGUUUCUUUCUCUCAAAUAAAAUUCAAUAUUUCAUUUAUAAAUUCCAUGACUUUUUGUUGAAAACGACUUUUAUAGAAAAAUACAGGCUUGUCAUUUUUUAACUGUUAUUUUAUUGGACUAUAAAUUCAAGAUACGAGCCCCUCGUCGCAUACUCUGUCACGCUUUCUAAGUUGAUAGCCGUCAUGAUAAUAUUCGCGAUUACUGCUCUGCUGCUCUACAAAUUUAUCUUGAAAAAAACGUUGCAAACGAAAAUUUAGGUUCCCCUCUUCAUAAAAAAAGGAAAUUGAACUUUCCAUCUGUCAUUUAUUUAUUUCCUUUGCUUUUUUCCCAAGUUUUUAUUAUUAAUAGGCUACUAUGUUACUGCUGAAAAUAUUUGAUCCGCUAUUCGUUGCUUGUGCAUUACUUUCAUUUUUUUUUAAAGGUAUACAAGUUCAUGAUGUAUAUUAAUAGUUCAUAAUUGUUAAAAACGUAUUCUCAAAAUUAUAUUUUUAUAAAAAAUUUGAUGUUAAAUACACUCCCAAAUUUUCAAAAAUGUCGAUUGUAAACAUGGAAAAAUUGUAACAUUAUAUUUUCUUUGAGGCAAUUUUGAUAACCCACUGUAGAAGAGUGUUAAUUUAUAAGUACAGGGUGAACCAAUUUUUUUAUCAAAAUAUUCAUUUUAUUUUAUUAACUAUAUUGUUAAACAUAAUAAAUUUUUAUAAUUUUUCCUCGUUAUACGACAUUUUAAAGCACCUCUAAAGAUGUAAAAAAGGAAUUUGGUUAUAGUUUAGGAGAAUGAAAGUUAAUAUUUUUGAAUAACAAAAAAGUAAUUGUAAAAGCAUAAACCCAGUUUUUAGGUUCGAAAAGUCCAGUCAUUCCAAAAGAUCUCGAUAACAUAUCAAUUUUAUUUUAGAUGUUAAUUUAUUUAACAGUCGAUUCCGUUCAUUGAGUUGUAAAAAACAAUUUUUCCAUAUCUGAGUCUAGAUCAAAUUCUCAAUUAAAUCCGGUGAUAUAUGUAAAACUUUCAUUCUCCACAUUGUAUAUGUAUAUGAAAAUUCGAAAACCCAUUAGUUUACAUUGGUUAUCUAUAAAUAAAAAUAUCCAAUGCUAACUGCAAAAAUUAAAAACAAAUAAUAGAUUUUUGUGAUUGGGGUUCAGGUUUUAAAAAUUUCAGUUCUUGAUACCAGAUUUUGGUUAGGCUUCAACCUAUUUUUGAAUUUUCAAUAACAUUUCUCAGUAUGAACAAUAAUUCAUUGUAUUUUUCAUUCAGAUUUAAAAAAUUACUUGACUUUUUUAUGUAAAUUCCCUACAGUAGUAAGUAUAUUUUUUAAUAUUAUUUUUGUACAAGUAUUUAUUUAAAUGUCAAGUCUUUUUAUUAAAUAAAGAGUUGUUAGUUCACUGAUAUUAUGGACCCUAUCCUUUGAAAUAUAUUUUGUAAUAAUUUUUCUAUUAUUUCUUAUUUGUGUGUACAUAUUAAUGGUACUAAAGCAAUAAAAUACAUUUGUUUCUUAUAAUA